AUGGGAUUCAACGUGCCAAUCAUAAACCGCGACUCGGAUGCUGUUCGUGCAGCCACGAAGCAAUGGGUUGAACAACCCGAGAAUCAGAAGAAGCUCGUGCUCGUCAUUGUCUCAGUGGCUCUACUACUCGAUAACAUGCUCUACAUGGUUAUUGUGCCAAUUAUUCCUAAAUACCUUCGAGAUAUUCAUGCUUAUUCUGUGGAAUUCUACGGUUAUCACAAUGAAACCGAACGUCUCCCCAACGGUACUGUCAUCGUCCGAGCCGUUGGGGCUAAAAUCGACUAUAAAGAUGAGGAAAUGGAACUUGGCUGGCUAUUCGCCUCUAAAGCCCUCAUCCAAAUAUUCAUCAAUCCAUUCUCUGGCUAUAUUAUUGAUCGAAUCGGCUACGAACUUCCUAUGGUCAUCGGUCUAGUGGUUAUGUUCAGCUCGACGGCUAUAUUUGCACUGGGCCACAGCUAUAGCGUCAUGUUCUUCGCCAGAUCACUACAGGGAUUCGGCUCGGCUUUCGCUGAUACCUCUGGACUGGCCAUGAUCGCCGAUCGUUUCAACGAAGAAGGUGAACGUUCAGCUGCACUUGGCAUUGCUCCUCGCCUUCAUCUCAUUCGGCUGUCUCGUUGCACCACCUUUUGGAUCCGUGCUCUAUUCGCUAGGCCGGCAAACCCGUGCCAUUCCUGA